AUGGCGAUCGCAUCCACCUCCUCACCGCUGCCCACGACGACCAGCCGCAGUGAUGGUGGUGCAUCACCGGGUAGUGCCAAGUCACGGCUGAACAACACGCGGACUUAUGGUCGACGAGGGGUAGCAGCAGCAGCAUCAGCAUCGGCGACCAAGACCACCACGACCACGACCACGACCACGACCACGACGACGGCGGCGAUGCGCGACUCCACCUCGGCCACGCCUUCCUAUACCGCCAGUCAUCGCAAAGCGUCAAUGUUGCAGCUCGACGAGGAUUCUUCAAGCUCGAGCAGUAGUGGCAGUGAUACCGAACUGGACGAAUGCAUCGAGAAGCAACUGGGCCUGAGGCAGGGCAGCAACCAUCAGACCGUCUCACGCGGCGACAAGGGCAAGGGCAAGAAGCAACCGACCGAAGAAUCCGUUUCAUCAUCUAUUGAGGUCAAGACGUUGGCCUCGAAGCGCUCAACGUCAACACUGCGUGUCAAGCAACCGCAGCGGACCGCUUCAAAAUCGAGCGCCGACCUCGUCUCGGCGCCCAGAUCGCCGUCACGUGCCUUGCCCUCCUCCAUUUUUCCUUCCGCUUCGACAUCAUCCGCUUGCUCAACUUCGACGCCCAAGCCAGCGCUCCAUCUCGAGUCGAAGAAAGAGGUGCCACAGAUAGAAGACGACGACGAUGAUGAUGUAGAAGAACCGCCCUCCCCGCCGCCGAGAAAGAAGCGACCCCUUUCCUCUAACACGACUACAUCAUCCAUCCUCGUCUCGGUCUCAGCGACCAGCAGACCCACUCUGGCCGAGCCGACGUCCCAACCCGCUGCCAACAGUCAUGUUCCAAGUACCCGGACCGAGACUUUGCUCGUCUCUCCGACCAAGACCAAGAAGCGCAAGGCAAGUGAACCCGAACAGAAGGGUGCGAGACCGAGCUCGAAAGCAAGACCUUCGACGCCACCUCCUCCCGUACCAUCGCGGACACCAGCAGCCCACCUUUCCAAACCGUCGACACCCAACACAUCACGGUCCAUCGCAGCUUCGAACCUCGCUGCGACUUCGGCCGCUCCUAUCGACACCCAUGUCGCAUCCCCCCUCCGAUCCCCAGCCAAGGAUCUCAGCGGCAUCUUUGAUUCCUUCGAUAGCGCCAACACCAGUGCAAGUGAAGGCGCGCGCUCGAUCACAUCAAAUGAGGUCUCUCCCAAACGCCGGGGCAAGAGCCCACUCAAGGAGACGAUGUCGACGGGUAGUAUCGUCGCGGGUAUGGCGCCCAGAAGAAGAGGUUUAAGUCCAGAAUUGACGCGACAAGGUCCGUGCGGGAUGUCGAUGUGCAACGUCACUGAGGCGGGCCCUUUUCACUGAUGUUGACUACACCCUCUCGCCCCGGCCAGGUUCACUCACACCUACUUCAUCACGAACGAUCAAUGCGCUUUCACCAAGACCACUUGGACCGUCGUUUUCGCAGCCGAACAUGUCCCCUACUCGACCAACGAGCAGGCAGCCUUCCCCAUCUCGGCAACCUUCACCCUCGACGUCCCAUAGCACCACAACAACGUUACAGAACAACGUCGUGCCUUGCUUGAUCGAAUCAGGGGCGAUCGCACCUCGUGCUUCGGGUGCAGGGGUGAGGAAGACUUAUGGUGGUGGUGCGGGUAGGUCGUUCAGGAGAAGUAAGGAUGAGGAUGAGUUGAUGGGGAUCCCUUCAUCGGGGAGAGAAGCGCAAGAGGACCUGUCCCAAGACUCGGCGGGGGAUAUCCCCCUUGAACGAGCUUUGGGUUCUUCUUCUUCUUCUUCUUCGACGACGACGACGAUGAUGACGACGACAGCGACGUUGAGGAGGUCUUAUUCGUCGAUGAGGAUCGAAUACGGCGUCGAAGAAGAGGAAACCAUCCUGCUCGAAUCUCAACGAGCUUCUUCCCUCUCCUCGAUCACCCAGUUGAUCGCAAAGGGCGAAUCGACCAAGUUCACGGAUGAGGUCGCGUACCUUUUGGAAGGAAUGUCGGAGAAGGAAGCUUCGCUCGCACUUCGGCGUUCGAGCGCGAUCGAAUUGGUUAGGAAGGUCGUACAGGAGCGCGAGUUUGGUAAGAGGGUUAAGAGUUUGGGAUUGGAGGAAGGCGUCUACAAGGCUUUGAGGAGGUGUGCGAUACACGGUGGGAAAGGGGUGGGGGUGGGUGAGGGUGCAGGCGAUCGGUGCUUGGAAGUGUGCUUGGCGGUGUUCUUGGGCAGGAUCGCGAGGGAACAGAGGGGGUUUGAACCGCUUAUGAGAGUCACGAGAGGAGAUGUCGGAGGGGAAGAAAGUAGGAAUAGGAGAGGCGCAGAGGGGAUGAAUGAAGGCGAUGUGUUGGGGAUGAUUAGACGGUGGUUGGAAGUGGGGUGGAGCUGUGAGGAGAUUGGGGCGCCUGCGAAAGGGGUGGGGAAGGCCGAGUUAAGGAGUGUGAGUGCUUUUUGGGCGGUUCUGGGCACGGGGGGCUUACUUUGGUUUGGCGUUUUUCUGAUCACAGUUGACUACCCUCCGCAACCUCAUCAUCACGAACAACCUGAUCGGAUCGACAUCGUCCUCCGGGUCUUACCCAACCACAUUGGAAUCCCUCGCGAUCCACCUCUUAUCGACGAUCGCCUCGUUCGAACCUCGUGCCAUUUUCAGACCUCAGCUUCUCGUGUGUACUUCGGGAGCGUUGAAGGCUUUGGUCGGGACGUUGAUGAGAGGGAGUGAAGCCUUGGAGGGGAGGUUGGGCAAGUAUGAGAAAGGGCUGGAUUUGUUGCCCUUGCCUGAGGAUGCAAGCACCACGGCGGCCCCGAGCGGACGGUCGAACCCCCACCUCCCGCUACUGGCACUGCAGAUCGGCGUUCUGGAGACCUGUCUUUCCGUUUGUUCUGAACAAGCGUUGGAACCUCUCACGGCCCACUCCAACUCGAUCGUCACCUCCCUCUCGACCCUGAUCCUCGUUUCCGAACUCGUCAUCUUCGGCGGCGCUGCUCGUCCACCUCGCUCAUCAACGACCGACACCCAAACCGAACCCGACGUUGCCCAACCCGAGUUAAGAGCAGCGAUGGCCUGUCUCUCCGGCGCGCUCAAGCUCGUCCUCCAAUUGACGAUCGCCGACGCGAGGUGGAGCGCCGAGUUCGUCGCUGUGCAUAGGGGGAGGAUCGUAGGGAGUUUGGUGAGGGUUUUGCAAAGUGCGAGGAAGGGGAUGGGGGAGGGAAUGAGAAGAGCGGAGGAUGGGGUGGAGGAGACGGGACAGGCAGCGAGGUCGACGUUCGAUUUGGACUUGUUGUGCUUGGCGUUGGGCACGUUGACGAACCUCGUCGAGAGCGUCGAUCGCGUCAAGACGAUCUUGAGGGAAACGCGUGAGUGGCUCCUUGUGCGUGAGGGUAGAAGGCGACCUGCGAACUGAUGAUUGGCUUUUGGAGGUGUGUAGUGCUUUCCCCGACCUGCCAAGAACGACGACGCUGCACGUUCGUGUGCCAUUGCGAGGGGCGCGAACCUGCGCUAGCUGUGCUGGCUAGUUUGUACCUCCAAACGCCAGCGACCACAAACGAGGUCAGUCCCGGAGUCGGGAUACUCUUUGUCUCAAUCUCGUGCUUACUUGGGUCGGUACCCCACGUCGUCACAGAUCAACACCUCCUUCCUAACAGGUUACUCCGGCCUUCUAUUGGGCCUAACGAUGGUCGACUCGGAACCCAACGAAGCCCUCGUUGAAAAAGCAUUGCAAGGGCAUCCGCAAGCGAGGAAGGAGUUGCAAGCUGCGAUGGACGACUUUGCGAGUUUGCACGAGGCCGUUGAGGAAGGUCGUGAGGGGGAAGGGGAUGUGGGGUAUAGGGAUCGGGAGAAGAGUCAGGUCGCGGGCAGGAUCAGGCAAAUGUUGCGUAGGAUGAAGGCUUAG